AUGGCUGUCAGUUUCACAGGCUCCCUCGGCCACGAGGAUACGGAGAGCCCGUCGGCACAGCUGCUAGGCGAGGGAAGCCCACCUCUGGGCUCGGAGAGUGCAGCCGGCGACACCAGCACAAUAGAUGCGAAUAUGUCACCUUCAAAGCGCAAGGGAGGUCGGCAGCCAGUCGAUAAUUCGGAAGAAACCAAGGAACGGCAUGCAGAGCUAUAUCGGUACUACAAGGAGAACACGGGCCUGUCGCAGGCAAAGAUGGCCGAGUGGUACACCACAAAGUUCGGGUCGACUAUGUCGCAAUGCACGGUAUCGCAGGUGUUGAAGAAACAGAAGUUGUUGCACGGUGAAGAAAUCGCGGAGCCGCGUCCUCGAAAACGAAAGAGCAUGAAAGCGGAAGACCAGGCCGGAGAAACCAAACCUAAGAAAUCCCGUGGAAUUGAAGUCGGGCCUGACGGAACACCCAUCGGUAUCAUCUAUACUCCAAGCUCUCAGUUCAAUAAUCCUCCGUCAUUCCAAGCUGUUAACGCUCCUCCAACAUCAUACUCGUCAUUCACAUCACCGGCGACCCCUGUCUCUCUCGCCCACGCCGCCUUGACACAUACCGAAGCCAUUACCCCUACCACAGGCUCGGUUCCGUUCCGGGCAACUGACCCCUCGAGAACGAAUCAACAGCCAUUCAGUAUUGGCCCCAAUAGCAGGCCCGUAGCGCCAAUCCUUCAUCAUCCAGGUGCGUCAACGCCCUCUAAGACAUUCAUAGUCAAUGGGAAACCAACGUCUCCGAUAGGUGCAAUGAUGGAACAGCCUACUCACAUCCGGUCCGGGGAUGUUCAAACUCUACAGUCAGAACUUGAGAGCUCGCGGCGGACAGUUAGUGAAUAUCAAAAAAUUGUUCAGAAGCAGGAGACUCUGAUUGAUAAUAUUCUCACCAAUCAACAUAAUGAAAAGGAAAAGAUCAAGGACCUUCAAAUCGAGAAUAACUUGCUUCGUGAGACGAAGGGAAAUGAGCAGAUCUCCGAGCUGUUGACGAAGAUCGAAAAACUGACAAGAGAUCUCGAAAAUGAAAGAGAGAGAAAUAAAGCUAUGGCUGAUUUAUGGUCAAAAGAAGAACAAAUAUUCAAAGACAUUCUAGCUACCCGGUCGAGCAAAUUCCCUCUUGGUGCCGACAUCAAAUAA